AUGUCGAAUCUCGGGGCACUCCAGGAACGGUGGCAUACACUCUACACGAGAACGCUUCCAGCCCUCGCAAAAGCCCGUGAUCCUGCCCAAUCACGGUGGCCUGUGAACCUCGACCAUUGCUUUGCGCGCAUUAUCCUUGAUAAUACGAUAGGGAACGGUGAAAAGCAAUGGGACAAGAUCAUUGCCAAACCCGCAAUCAGGAAUAUGACCGAGCAGCAACUUCAUGACGCUAUUUCGCUCGGCAGGGAUAUUGAAACGGGGAAGGUUGAUCUCUGUGAUCUUGAUGAAAUCAGCUUGCAAUGUAGAGGGAAGAACGAAGGUAAAUAUCGAAGCACCCCAAAUAAAAGGGCUCAAAGUCCCAACAAGCCUUUGACCCGCGGCGAGGAAUAUUUUGCAGAGGAUACAAAUCAAGAUCAGGCAUCUGCACGAAAGAAGCCUCGGCUUGACAAACAGCAAACGAAGUUGAACUUUCAAACAGAGACCAAGUUGCCUGAGGACAAGCCUAGUGUCACUGAUGUGUGGCAAACCGGAGCAACCAUCGAAUUUAUCGAGGAGACCAUAAAUCGCAUACGGAGUCAUCCCACGCUCACCCCAUACCGAAAAAGGUUGUACACCACCCUCCUAUCCGUCCCGAGGGGUCGCUAUACUACCUACGCUGCUAUGUCGGACUACCUGAACUCUUCUGCACGAGCCGUUGGAAACGGAAUGCGACACAACCCAUUCGCUCCCGAUGUACCGUGUCACCGUGUCCUGGCAGCGAACGGCACUAUCGGUGGGUUUCAUGGUGACUGGGGCAAGGACGGCAAAUACGCCAAUAAAAAGAUCGAGCUGCUGCGAAGUGAGGGCGUGAGGUUCGAUUCAAGUGGGAAAGUCGUGGGUGCUCCUUUUCACAGAUUCCAUACUUUCGAGGACCUCCGAUAG